AUGUGUCCAAGAUCAACCCCAAAGUGUCCAAGACCCCAAUAUGUCCAAGACCGACCCCAAAGUAUCCAAGACCCCAAUGUGUCCAUGACCGACCCCAAAGUGACCAAGACCCCAAUGUGUCCAAUACUCCAAUGUGUCCAAGACCCCAAAGUGUCCAAGACCCCAAUGUGUCGAAGACCCCGAAGUGUCCAAGACCGACCCCAAAGUGUCCAAGACCCCAAUGUGUCCAAGACCGACCCCAAAAUGGCUAAGACUGCUAUGUGUCCAAGACCCCAAAGUGUCCAAGACCUCAAUGUGUCCAAGACCCCAAAGUGUCCAACACCCCAAAGUGUCCAAGACCCCAAUGUGUCCAAGACCGACCCCAAAGUGUCCAAGACCCCAAUGUGUCCAUGA